UUGUUACUGAAAAAGAAAAAAUAUGUAUAAACGAUAGGUAUAUAUUUGUAUGCAUUAAUGUAUGUGUAUGUAUGUUUUGUAUGUAUGUAUGUACGAUGUACAUAUGUAAACACACACACGCGGUAUAUGUAGCGUAAAAUAGAUAUAAAUGGUAUAGUUGUGUAUCCGUGGUAAAUGGGAAAGAAAAUUUAUCGAGUGAUUCGUGAAAAAAGUAUGCGGUUAGAAGAAAUGCCAUUACGUUUGAGCUCGGACGAGCGGGAUUUUGAAAUGGAUGAAGAGACCGAUUAUCUCCUUCAACCUUCCGAAGACAGUAUACGACUUCUGACCUCACGAAGACGGCGGAUAAAUGAUUUUUCUAUAUUCCUCAAAAAUUGCUUCUGCGGAUGUUGUACAUGGAUGUGGAGAAGAUGUUGCAGAGAACGUGAAUUAAGGGCUAGAGUUAUUCAUAUUGGUCAGCCAAUGCAUGAGAAAUUUCCUACUAAUGUCAUAAGAAAUCAGAAAUAUAAUAUUGUCACGUUUUUACCUUUGGUUCUUUUUCAACAAUUUAAAUUUUUCUUAAAUCUAUAUUUUUUGCUUAUGGCUAUAUCUCAAUUCAUACCAGACAUAAGAAUAGGAUAUUUAUAUACAUAUUGGGGACCUUUGUGUUUUGUUUUAACUGUUACUAUUUGUCGAGAAGCGAUCGAUGACUUCAGACGAUACAAAAGAGACAAGGAAGUCAAUGCCCAAAAGUAUUACAGAUUAGUGAAAGGUUUUGAUACCCCGGAAUUAGUACCAAGUUCUAAAUUGCGAGUGGGUGAUUUGGUUAUAGUAGAGAAGGGCCAAAGGGUACCUGCUGAUUUAGUAUUAUUACGAACUACAGAAAAAUCAGGUGCGUGCUUUGUGAGAACAGAUCAACUAGAUGGAGAAACAGACUGGAAGUUGCGACUGGCUGUUCCAGUUACUCAAAAAUUGGAAAAUAACUCUCAAUUGUUUGAUAUUAAAGCAAGCAUAUAUGUUGAAAAGCCUCAAAAAGAUAUUCACAGCUUUAUUGGAACAUUUACCAGAUACGAUGGACACAGCAGUGAAGAAAGUUUGGGUGUGGACAAUACUUUAUGGGCAAACACAGCAAUCGCGUCAGGUUCGGCUCUUGGUGUUGUAGUGUACACAGGGCAAGAAACUAGAUCACUUAUGAAUCAUUCUGCACCGCGGUCGAAAGUUGGUUUAUUAGAUCAGGAAAUAAAUCAGCUAACAAAGGUUUUGUUUUGUGCUGUGAUUGGUCUAGCAUUGGUAAUGAUGUCUUUAAAAGGAUUUAACGGGCCAUGGUAUCGUUAUAUGUUUCGUUUCGUUCUGCUAUUUUCUUAUAUAAUACCAAUCAGUUUAAGAGUGAAUCUAGAUAUGGGGAAAGCUUUUUACGCUUGGUGCAUUCAAAGGGAUAAGGAAAUUGCAGGAACGGUUGUACGAACUACUACUAUUCCGGAAGAACUUGGUCGUAUUUCAUAUUUACUAAGUGACAAGACUGGCACAUUAACGCAAAAUAAAAUGGUUUUCAAAAAGUUGCAUUUAGGCAUGAUAUCUUACGGGCAAGAAACAUUUGACGAAAUUAUGGCUGUAUUAAAAACAUGUUAUGCCACGAAUUCCGAUACUUCACCAGUAAAACCAGCGUCUGUACAUAGUGUGAAAGUAAGAAGAUCCGAAAGUACUAGAAUAUAUGACGCAGUGCAUGCUUUGGCGUUGUGUCACAAUGUAACACCAGUUUAUGAUGAAGUAAGUAAAUCAAAUAAUUUGGAUACAAUGAGUGUACAAACGGGAGAAACAGGAGAUUCUGGUUCCAUUCAAAGUCAAACAGAAGCAGAUCAACAUUAUUAUCUAUCAGAACAAAAACGUAAUUACCAAGCUUCUAGUCCGGAUGAAGUAGCAUUGGUUAAGUGGACAGAAGAAAUGGGAUUAGCUUUAGUGAAGCGUGACUUAAAUUUUAUGCAACUAAAAGCUCCAAACGGCAAAAUCUUGAACUACACAAUUUUACAAAUAUUUCCAUUCACAUCGGAAACCAAACGAAUGGGAAUAAUAGUAAAAGAAGAAUCCAGUUCUGAAAUAGUAUUUUAUUUGAAAGGUGCGGAUGUAGUGAUGUCCGGGAUAGUACAGUAUAAUGAUUGGCUUGAAGAGGAGUGUGGUAAUAUGGCUCGGGAAGGUUUAAGAACAUUAGUUGUUGCAAAAAAAAAUUUGACAGAAGAACAAUAUCUCGAUUUUGAAGCAAGAUACAAUUCAGCAAGAAUGAGUGUCAGUGAUCGCGUUUCAAGAGUUGCUGCAGUUGUCGAAAGUUUAGAAAGAGAGAUGGAAUUAUUGUGUGUAACUGGCGUCGAAGAUAGAUUACAAGAUAGAGUAAGGCCUACAUUGGAACUGUUGAGAAAUGCUGGAAUUAAGAUUUGGAUGUUAACGGGCGACAAGCUAGAAACAGCAACUUGUAUAGCAAAAUCUUCGCGUUUAGUUUCACGAACGCAAAGUCUUCAUGUUUUCAAAUCGGUGGUAACUCGCACGGAUGCCCAUUUGGAAUUAAAUACUUUUCGUAAAAAACAAGACUGUGCCUUAGUCAUUAGCGGCGAUUCUUUAGAGGUAUGUUUGCUAUAUUACGAACAAGAAUUCUUAGAACUAGCAUGCGGUUCACCAGCUGUUGUUUGCUGUCGAUGUUCACCCACGCAAAAAGCCGAAGUUGUUAGUCUUAUUCAAAGACAUACUGGGAAAAGAACCGCAGCUGUCGGUGACGGGGGUAAUGAUGUAUCAAUGAUACAAGCAGCAGAUGCUGGUAUAGGUCUUGAAGGCCUUGAAGGAAGGCAAGCUUCUUUGGCUGCAGACUUUUCUAUUUCUCAAUUCAGUCAUUUGGCUAAUCUCUUGUUGGUUCACGGACGCAGAAGUUAUAAACGUUCUGCUGCCUUAAGUCAAUUCGUUAUUCACCGAGGUUUAAUUAUUUCCACUAUGCAAGCCGUGUUUUCUGCGGUCUUUUAUUUAUCGUCAGUAUCCUUGUAUCAGGGAUUUUUAAUGGUUGGCUAUGGAACAAUAUAUACAAUGUUUCCGGUAUUUUCAUUGGUAUUAGACAAAGAUGUGUCAGGAAAAAUUGCACUUACUUAUCCAGAACUUUAUAAAGAACUCAGUAAGGGUCGAUCGUUAUCCUAUAAGACAUUCUUCAUGUGGAUUUUAAUAAGCAUAUAUCAAGGUGGCGUUAUAAUGUAUGGCGCACUUAUAAUGUUCGAAGAUGAAUUUAUUCAUAUAGUGGCCAUAAGUUUCACAGCACUUGUCUUAACAGAGUUAAUAAUGGUAGCUUUAACAAUUAGAACAUGGCAUCAUAUUAUGAUACUUGCGGAAAUUUUCUCAUUGGCGCUUUAUUUAUUAUCGCUAGUCGUUCUCAAAGAUUAUUUUGAUGCUGAGUUUAUCAAGACCACUGACUUCUUGUGGAAAGUAUUGCUAAUAACUUUAAUUUCGUGCAUGCCAUUAUACAUUUUGAAAUUUUUACGAAAGAAAUUUUCUCCUCCUAGUUACACUAAAUUAUCUUAAACUUCGUGCAUAACAAUUUCAUUCAUUUUAUGAAAAGAAUUGACAAAUUAUUGAUCUGUACUGAAAAGAUGAUAUGAAAAACCGUUUUUAGGUUUAAAAUUAUCAAUCCCUGAUAUGCGUUGUUUGCUGAAUGCGUUUGCAUUUUCUAAAACUCCUGAAUAUUUUUCUAACUACGUUCGAAAUAUUGAUAUAUUGAUAUUGAAUUAUUGACAUAUUCAAAAUAUUAAUAAGACCUUAUAAUUUGACAUCAGAAUGUAAUUAACAAAAAUUACAAUUGUUUUUGUUCUAAAUAUACCAUACUAAGUGCUUCUCUGUUAAACUAUUGCAUAGGUCAGAUUUAAUGUUUCUUUAAAUUCUAACUUAAUGAUAAAUUCUAUGAAUAAUUUAUUGUUAUUAUUAUUAUUAUUACUAUUAUUAGUAUUAUUAUGAUGUUUACACGUGAUGUCAUAAUACAUAAACAUUUCUAUAAUUUUUUUACAUUGUAAAUUCAAACGAAUUGAAAUUAUAAUAACUAGAAAGAAACGGUUUAAAGCUGCAUUUUGUUUAUUUAUUUUAUGAGAAACUGUAAAGUAUUUUUGUUUUUGAAAUAUAUUUGCGUAUAUGUAGCAUUUUAUUCGUUUUCGUCUCAUGUCUAUUAUGUAUAUUCGAUCGCAUAUUAUUUAUAGGAUUUUAAUAUAUUAAGUUUAUAGGACAUAAAUAAUCAAUUAAUUAAAAGCAUAUAAUAUUUUUAAAGUUUUCUUGAUAUUUUUAAUAAAUACGUUAAUUUCUUAUUUUUACAAACUAAAUGCCAAGAGGGAGAUUCCUAUUUGUUAUUGCUUUAUUUUAAUAUAGAAUAUUUUUCUUUUGUAUUUUAGAUAAAAUUUAUUAUUUACAAUUUUAAUAUAAUGUGAUGUAACUUACUUAUCGUGUAUGUACAAUGCUACAAUAAAAAAAAACCGAUUUUUAUAUUCAUGCAUAAAUUAAGAUCGUAGAUUUAGAAGUAAUUGUUGUUAGUUACAACGUUGAUGAGAUGUAUCAUAUUAUAUAUAGAAUACAUAGUUAGUUCUAGGUAAAUAGCACUUGACCUAAUGAUAUACAUUUAUAAUUAAUUUAUGUGAAAAAAAUAUAAUAAUAAUAUAUUCAUUUAAACAUUA